UGACCACGUCAAUGUUCAUACUUGUUACAAUAUAAAUAAUUCAUUUCGUUGUCGUGUAAGUUGUUCUUCUGUUGGGAAAUGACUUUGUGUCAUUUAAUUGAAAGAUGUAUCUGCAUACGUAUAAUGGUGGAGUAGCCGGUUGAUAUUUAGUUAUGGUCUAACUCAUGAAACACGUAAUAUUGUUGAAAGUAAGCGUGACAAAAGCAGGCAGUUGACGAGUGUACGAGUGAAAUCCUGAUUCGUCGAAAGUUGACUCUGAACCUGACCAUUUUCGUCGUCCUCCAUGGGUACAAGAAGGAAAAUGACAAAGGAUGGCAGGGUGGAGGAUGGGAUCAAUGAGUCCAAUCACGUAUACGAACAUUCGGAUCUACGAGGUGAUGAAAAGAAUAUUGCAAUUCUCUUGUUUCUGUACCUGCUGCAAGGCAUACCACUGGGAUUGUGUGGUUCUAUUCCCAUGUUACUACAGAAUAGAGAUGUUUCCUAUCGUCAACAGGCUGAAUUCAGCUUUGUUCAAUGGCCAUUUUCAUUGAAACUGUUUUGGGCACCUAUAGUAGAUUCUGUGUUUUCUGGAAAGUUUGGAAGACGAAAAACAUGGUUGAUUCCUACCCAAUAUUUAAUGGGCUUCUUUAUGUUACUCUUAUCCAGCCAUAUAGAUCGGUGGCUAGGUAAUGAGACUAGGAAGCCUAAUAUAGAAAUGUUGACUAUAUUAUUUUUUGCUUUAAAUGUUCUCGCUGCAACUCAGGAUAUUGUAGUAGAUGGUUGGGCACUGACAAUGUUAAAAAGGUGUAAUGUGGGUUAUGCAUCAACGUGUAAUAGUGUGGGACAAACUGCUGGUUAUUUUAUUGGAUAUGUCCUGUUUAUGGCUUUAGAAUCUGCUGAAUUUUGUAAUAGCUACCUAAGAUACACUCCUUCUAAGGAGGGUAUAUUGACCCUGCCUGGAUUCCUUUAUUUUUGGGGCUGGAUGUUUGUAAUUGCAACUACACUGGUUGCAUUGUUUAAACACGAGGGUUUAGAGAAGGGACACAAAAACGAAGAAUUAAACACAGACAUCAAACACGCGUACAAGUUACUUUGGAAUAUUGUCAAGCUACCAUCGAUAAAGACAAUUAUUGUACUUUUGUUAACUGCCAAGAUAGGAUUUUCUGUUUGCGAUGCGGUAACGGGUUUGAAACUAGUAGAGGCUGGUAUACCGAAAGAAAAAAUUGCUCUUAUGGCUGUACCAAUGGUACCCCUCCAAAUUUUAUUACCAUUAGCGAUUUCAAAGUAUACGGCUGGUCCGAAACCGAUGGACGUGUACAUAAAAGCGAUGCCCUACAGAUUAGCUUUCGGACUGGUAGCAGCUUUUUUGGUGUGGGUCACACCAUAUGUAAUAACGGGUGGUCAUGUUCCAGCCUACUAUUUUGUUGCUCUGAUAGCUCUGUAUCUUGUACAUCAGGUUUUCACGAGUAGCAUGUUCGUGGCAUCUAUGGCGUUCUUCGCCAAAGUUAGCGAUCCGACGGUCGGUGGUACUUACAUGACACUACUGAACACGUUAGCUAAUUUAGGAGGUAACUGGCCAGCAACGGCAGCACUUUGGUUCGUCGAUCCGUUAACGUUUCGGCAAUGCAGCACCGAACCUUCGAACGACUGUAGUACAAUUUCGAAGAGAGAGCUCUGCACGGAUACGCACAAUGGCGUUUGCAAUAUGCAGCUCGAUGGCUAUUAUAUAGAAAGUGUGUUAUGUUUAAUCAUUGGGUUGGCGUGGCUCAGAUGGGGUCGACGAAAAAUUGAGAUUUUACAAGCGCGACCGAUAUCUGCUUGGAAAGUUAUACUUUCGAAGCAGAACAGAUAACAGUAUUAAUUCGAUGUUAAAUAUUAUUCACACGGUACCUGUAACUAUACUAGGAAGUUGUACAAAUUGAUUUUGCGUGGGUCGAUCGCGUAACCGGCUGUGCGUCCGGGUAAUGUUCCGCACAUUUAUCAAGUGUUCCAAUUUUCUCAAUGCAACGGGAACCGGUGAGGGUGUGGGAGGGGAGGGGGUCUCCUUCGGGUUCGCGUUUCCUCUUUUUCUCCUCGUUGCCUUUCGAUCGAACGGGUAUGUACUUUUGGCAAGGAGCAGCUUUCGAAUAUGUACGUCGGAAAUACGAAUUACAGCGAGUACGACACCGUCAACCGAAUAAUCCGAUGCCCAAUUUGUAUCGAAAGAUUUCCGCGAUCCCCAUCCGCAUCUGGCACAAUAUCAAUCCGGCGUUAAAAUAAGUACUGUGUUCACUACGAAAUUAGUUUUGUUUUAUUCGACUCGAUUGCGAUGUAUCGUUUAAACCGUGGUAAGGUCAACGCGCGUUACGGUGUUUAAUGAAAAUGUAAAUGGUUUUUUUUUUUAUAUGCGAACCCGAUAUAGAGAGUUACCCUUCCAUGAAGGUUAAUUAUUCUCCAUUACUUUACGUUGUAAUACAUUGUACUACACAUGUAAUCCAUUGCACCGGUUCAUAUUUAACGAUAUAUAUAUAUAUAUAUAUACUAUUACUGGUCUUUAACCGGUUCUGAUCUGAUUGUUGCGAUUGUUCGCAGUACCUGUAUAAUGCAGUACAUGUACUUACAUUAUAUACGUAUAUAAUGUUAAUAAAAGUUUUC